AUGUCGCCGCGUGACGAUGCCGCCGCCAAGCGCGACCGCCUGAGCGCGCUGCCCGACGACCUCCUCCACCGCAUCCUGCGGCCCCUGGAAGCGCGCCAGGCGGCGCGACACCUCAGCCUCCUGUCGCGCCGGUGGCGGCGCGUGUGGGCGUCGUCGCCCUUCGUCACCCUGAAGGACAAGGACAGCGCCGGCUCGGAGAGCCGCGGGCUCCGCGUGCUCGAGCUCGCGCUCCGAGGCGCCAACGCGAUCGGGCUGCCGGACCGCGUCUUCACCUGCGCGACGCUAGAGGAGAUCAGCCUGUCAUCCAGGGCCAGGGAUUUUAUCGCGCCCAAGUCCGCGGUUUGUCUCCCGCGCCUAAAGAAGCUGCACCUUGAGAACGUGCAGAUCGAUCCGUCCGCAGUGGAGAAGCUCAACUCUGGAUGGCCGUCGCUCGAGGACUUGAAUCUGUAUCAGUGCUGGCUUGGUUCGUUCAAGAUUUCGUCUGAAAGUUUGAAGACUCUGUCGAUUACCGCCUGCGUGUACGAUGAGAUCCAUGUUUCUGCUCCUAACGCCGGUUCCCUGAAGAUAACAGUUUCGAGAAGAGUCUAUCUGUCUGCCAUGCCAUCUCUGGUGAGUGCCUGGGUGCACUGUGUUGGUGCAGCUGAUCACCUUGCUCCAUGUGCUUAUGAUCUCAUCGCGGCGCUUUGCAAUGCUCAGCGCCUUGAGCUAUUCAGAUUUGACGUACUCCUCCAGGAUAUUGUGCAUAAGCCAGCCACUGAAGGCCUGUCGUUAAGCAAUUUGAAGAGCCUCUACGUUGGAGAAUGGCUGGUCACCGACUUCUACAACGCCCUUGCUUUUUUCAUCCAGAGGGUGCUCCUAAUCUGGCUGCUCUUUCCUUGGAUCAAUGGACGGUAA